CUGGCCAAGGCAGAGCAAGGCGUAGCCAGCGUGUGACGUCCACGCCUCCGACGGCGCUUGUUUUGGAGGAAGUGGACGACAGAAAGAAAAGUGGACGACAACGCAGGGAGAAGCGAGCGAGGCUAACGGCUAGGCUUGACUCAUUAGCUUGACAUACAGGAAAAGCAAACGUCAACGACAGCAACACACCAGUGUAGCAAAUCGACAAGUGAUAUAUACCCUGCCACAGACGGCCCUCACUCGGAUUGGGAGAGUUAGUAGGGACGUUCAGCCAUCAUAUAUUAGGACUUUGCCGAGGCUUCAAAGGGAAACUUUUGCUACGACAGACAUUUAAAAGGAACCGCUAGCCCCGGUUUGGCUAGUCCCCGCGUUAGCUAACGUUUGGAACGGAGGCCGAGGAAAAGUCCGCUUUCGGUAUUUUUACCACAGGAUCGUCUCGCAGCUGAGGCACAAUGACUUCAAGGAAGAAAGUCCUCCUCAAAGUCAUCAUCCUGGGAGACUCCGGAGUGGGGAAGACCUCGUUGAUGAACCAGUAUGUGAAUAAGAAAUUCAGUAACCAGUACAAAGCCACGAUAGGUGCGGACUUCUUGACAAAAGAGGUCAUGGUGGAUGACAGACUUGUCACAAUGCAGAUUUGGGACACAGCAGGUCAGGAGAGGUUCCAGUCUUUAGGGGUGGCAUUCUACCGCGGCGCAGACUGCUGUGUUUUGGUGUUUGAUGUGACGGCCCCCAACACCUUCAAGACUCUCGACAGCUGGAGGGACGAGUUCCUGAUCCAGGCCAGCCCCCGAGACCCGGAGAACUUCCCCUUUGUGGUUCUCGGCAACAAGAUUGACUUAGAGAAUAGACAGGUCACAACCAAGCGAGCACAGGCCUGGUGUCAGAGCAAAAACAACAUCCCUUACUUUGAAACUAGUGCCAAGGAAGCCAUCAAUGUGGAGCAGGCCUUCCAGACUAUUGCACGCAACGCGCUCAAACAGGAGACCGAGGUGGAGUUGUACAAUGAGUUCCCAGAGCCGAUUAAGCUGGACAGGAACGAGCGGGCCAAGCCAUCGGCAGAGACCUGUAGCUGCUGAGGACCCUGGAGAGUUGCGUCACGGUCCUCAUCACCUUGUCAUGCCUUGUCUAAAUAUCCUUCCUUCCCAUGACCCACCGUGAUGACCCCUCAUGCUCACCCUAAACAAGCAGUGUCUUGCUCACGAAUAUGACAUGAGCAACAUGCUGCACCCUCCUCCUUAUGUGUGGGAAACACAUUUUCUAUCACGUAUCGGUUUCCUAGCCCAAAGAACACCUUCAACAUUGUAUGCUUAUUAUUCCUGUCCAGUAUUUUCCCACAUUUAAAUGGCAACAGACGUUUUCAGUUCUAUGAAUAUUGCUGCUUUCACAAUCACUUGUUUUAUGUUGAGCUCAAACAUCCUAUUCGUCUUUGUGUUUCAGUGAGUAAAACAUUGUUUUUUUCUGUA